AUGAAGUCCACUUUCUUCGCCACCGCCGCCUUCUUGAUCGCUUCCGCGAGGCGAAAUUCGGGCCCCUCCCUUGCGGCUCUACCAGUGGUGUGCCAUACAACGUCACGAGCGGCGACACUUUGA